AUGAGGUUCUGCGUCGGAUGGCGGGCAAAGUCGCUCGUUGGUCUGCCGUCGGCAUAUAUUGACGUGGGCACCCUGUAUAUCUGUCGGGACGAGGAUCCCGAGUACGCGAGAGGCCUUGCCGCCGAGGACAUCGACGUCGAGUUCCACUUGUACCCCGGGGUGCCGCAUGCUUUUGAGCUGUUUGCGCCAAAAUCUGGUGUCACGGAGCGAGCCAUGGCGAAUAGACUCAGGGCCUUGCUGAGCUUUUGA